CAGCUGCCAUUCAUUCCUUCAUCACACACGAACUCAUAUACAGUCGGUAUCCAACACACGUAUACAUACACACACGUGGAGUCUAGGAAGGAGGAGAUGCUUUGGCCCUAGGCUAGGCGUCCCUUCCCCGGCACAAAUACUGUUGAUUAAUUGAAGCACUGCGAAUCCAUAGUCACAACCCAAAGACACACGCAACGCAACCACAUGUCUGAAACACGUCUCACUGUCACUUACUUUAAUCUACAGAGCACAAGCCAAAGAAAAAUCCUGACAAGACCGCAAAUAUAUCCCCACACACAUGUAUCUAUCAGCCCUCCCUACACUGGCGGCCUGGGCGUCCCCUCGUCCCCCCACCAGCCCCUUUUGACCAGGUUUAACACAGACCAGGCCCCCGACUUUCUCUGGCCGGCAGCCGGCUGUGUGUCUCCCCCAGUGCCCGCAACAGACGACCGACGUCUCUCAUCCUCUAUUCGCCUUCUGCUGAGCUCAAACUCAGCGGCGGACGUGACCUGAUCAUCAUCAAUCUCAUCCGGGUGGAAGGAUGUUGACGAGUCGGAGGGGCGGGGGGGAGGGGCGCUGGCAGGGGUGGCCGAAGCAUUCUGGGGUGACCCGCUGGCCCGGCGGGAGCUACGGCGAGGGGAUGAGGUGGACGUGUGUGAGCGAGCAGGGAGAGUCUGGGACGCCUCAGGUGUACGCGCGUCGGCGCUGCCGACACCUCUGCCUCCUGUUGCCCGGUCUCCGCCUCGCCCUCUGCCAGCCGAUGUCUUCUGAGCAUGGUGGCGGAGGAAUCUGUUCCAAUACGUGUCUCGCUCUUCCUGGUGCUCCAGGGCCUUCUUGCGGCGCUUGAGCCGCCAGUAUGCGUACGCCGCUCCGACGAAGAUGAUGGCGAAGACAAUACACAGGUAGAGCCAGACUGAGUUCUCGCCCGCCAGCAGCUCCUUCAUGAAUUCUGCGAAUUGGUCUUCUGGGUCGCCGAGGGCGCUCUGCGGCCGGACGCACCGAAACUGGUUGAAUGGAAGGUUGGGGUCCGUAGACUCCCACGUGCCGUUGUUGCACUUGGCGACGAUGCCCGUGCCGCCGGCUACCGCGGACAGGUAGCCUCCGGCGCACGUCAUGUCGAACUGACAACCGUGCUCGAAGGGUCGGGGUUCGAGGGGGCACGUUUUGUUUUCAAACUUGUACGCUGGGCCGAGUGUCUUCUCGAGGGACUGGCAGUCGCCUGGCGAAGAGCAUACAAGCAUGCUGCAUGAGGGUGUCAAGGGUUUGGCAUUUACUCACUUCGGCAGUCGAGCUGGAUUAGCGUCCAUUGGCCGUCGAGGCACGUAAUUUUGUUGGGGCUUGGCCCACCGACGCGAGAGGAGUUCUCCAACACGCAGAUUAGCUCCCUCUCAGACCCGUGCUGCAGACCCGUCCCCCUCACCUUAUAGCUGCCGAACACUCGCACUUUCCCCUCAUCCCCCGGCGCAAGGAAAGAUAACCCCGAGGUCGUCUCCGCCGGCAAUUCGCCCGACUCGCCCGUGCAGCCGGUUCGACACACCAGUCCAUUCUUGUUGUACAGCUUGCCGUUGUCGCACACCACUGUGUCUGGCUGUGCGCCCUUGGUCAGGUCAUAUCCAGUCUGACACUCAACAGAGCUCUCCGCCCCGUGCUGCAGCCCUGCUGCAGUAGCUGCGGCUGAGCCGAUGCGGUAUGCCUUACUGUAUGCCUUGACAUCUUGGGCACUGCAGCCUGUAUUGGACAGCGAUUCGGUGAGGUCGUCAAGGCCUAUUGCGCCGCGGGGUGGCAAGGGCGGAGCACCCCGUGUGUUGAUGAAUGUGGGGGAUGAGAAGCGGGAGUGCAGCACCAUGCCGCCUGGGCGAUCGGUGUCUAUCUUGACGCUGAUCGGCUGUUGUGGAGAGAGGCGGAGGGACUCGAGAGACACGUCACGGGCGAGACGCCUAUCAACAGCCGCUGCCAGAGCGCCACUCAUGCCCUGACAAGAAUAUCCGUCAAACAAAAUAUGUGCCGCAUGUCGCGUCUCAGCUUACCUGCUGUUCAAUGUAUUCCCUCAGGAACACACCCAUGGUGUCGCGUUCUGGCGGGAGGUCCAGCUCCACCUCGACAGCAGCACGCCUCGCCACGUCCGUUGUGUCGGGCCGCACCACUAUCCGCGACACGUCUGUACGGACAGUGCCGAUCUCCCACGCAACGGCGUCCCUCAGGGCCUCCAGCAGGCCGUCGACCGUCGAUGAUGGUAUGUUCAAGGCAGCAGCAUCGAUGUUUUCGAGCAUGAGGUCAAUGGAGAGGAUCGAGGCAGUCUGGGCCGAGCCGUCGAAUGCAGUGGAGCAGGUACGAUCCAGAGACAUGAGGCACUUCUGCUCCACGUACGGGAUGGUCCUGGGUACGUAAAAAAGCGGAUGAGGAUUGGUGCAGAAAGUACUUAUGUUUUCACCAAUGCCUUAUUCACCUCUCAGCGAUCCAUGGAGUGCGAUCAGCCUCCUCAAAUAGUGACGUCUGUUCGCUGUCCUUAGCUAGCGCCUCCCGCAGCACUUCCAGGGAGGCGGCAAAGCAGCAGCCCCUGUUGGUGACGCCAUCCACCAGCUGAGUGCGGCAUUCAUUAGCACUGCAAACGAAGGCCGAGUCGUAAGGAAGACACUUCUCUUCCAGGUUGCCCACAGCAUUCCGCAAUGUGGUGGGAAACAUGAUCUGGAAGAGACAGUCCCCGCCGUCAUACACGCAGUCCUCGUGGUAGCAGACAGCAUCGCACUGGCCGUCACCGAUGUAAGAUUUCGGGCAGAUGUCCGAGCAGUUAGUCAGCCGGGAGGUGUUCACUGCCGGCUGGGGAGACAGUUUGGUGGAUGUGAGGGACGACGUGGGGCUGGAGACGUCAGAUGGCGCGUCUGUGAAGAGGUAUGAUCGACAGAGAUUGCUAUCGGUGUUCUGGCUGCAUGCGAAACGGGCAUAGCCUAACAGCAGCUGUCCCAAGGCAAAGUGGUAAGGGCUCUCCAUCUCGUCACCGAGGGUCGCGACGGCCGACCCCAUUUGAGACACAACAGGCAGAAGACACCUGAAUGAGACACACCAGUGUAUCCACUCGCAAAAGCCGCCCGGCAUCUGCUUAUGUGUCUACGCAUUGCAUACUUGGACUUGCAUGGAUUGGAAACGAGUUUGGGAUUGACAAUGGGAUUCUCCUCGGCCACCAGUUGCGCCUCCUGCUCGCAGUAGUCGCCCUCGACUCGCACACACACCACGUCCACCAACUCCUGUCGAAACGGCCCGUAGUAGUUCGGAACCACAGCACGCAACGUCUCCCGAGUCAGGAAAGUGUCAGGCUCCUCUGUUGGUAUCGGGCCGCGAAGCCCUUCCAGGUCGAUCGGCGACUCUCCAGGCUCCCUUGGCCCCGCAAGUGCAAAUAGCCUGCUGACCGCACUCAAGUAGCGCGCGUUCGAUCGGAAGCAGCUGUUUGCGUGACAGAUAGUCAGCAGCUGGUCGGGUGCCUUUCCUGCCAGGGCCUGGAUGGACAUGUCGGGCCGCUGCUUGACUAUGUCUCCAAAGCAAUACGGCGAUGUCUCCCCUGUCGAUGUUGGCUCGGUGGCGCACCAAGCCUCCAGCACGUCGAGCAAUGGCCGACGAGCAGUACAGUCUGCUGGCAGGGCGACGGCCGCCCUCAUCAGCUGGUCCCGCUCGCUGGAACACGAGCCCGUACAGAAUGACUGGACGCGGUCUCUGUCCAUCGCCCCGCGAUAGAGACGGUCCCCACAUACGGAAUAGAUGUAGUCCCGCGUUUGACGGAUGAUGUCGCAACACGGUGUCGUAGUGUUACUGCACUCGGGCGGGAAAGCGAUCUCCGGGCGGGACAGGCCAAUCUUUGUAAGUAGUUUCCACGUUUGUUUUGGCGGAUUGCCUUGUCCGGGCCAGGACCCCUCUGCUCUUGAUUUGGGGAUGUUUCGCCUUGCAGGUUUGUCGUACUCGACAGUCACAGUACUCAUGAUGGCGGAUGCUGAGAGGGCUGGCGCAGCGAAUGUCUCACCAGGUAUCGUGACCCCUGCCAACUUCUGCACGAGCGCGUCGCGGUAUCUGGUGUCAAAGCUGGUGUUGAUGAACUUCUGGUCCAUCCAGUCAUUGGUCUGGCUGACCGUCAGGCCAGGCAGCUCGACGUAGAAGUUGACCUGCAGGAACUCUCUCCCAUCCUCCUGCUCCUCUUCCUCCUGGAGCAGUCGCGCCACCGCUGCCGUGAUGGUGUUGCAGCCGGCAGGGAGGGACACCUCGCCCCUGUCGAUUGCGUCCUGUAGGGCAUUGGGGAUGAAGGGCGAGCCCUCCGUGCACUUGCCACAUGAGACGGGACACGCGUCCGAAAUGAGGGUCUCCGGGGGGACACCUUCAGGAAUAGUCGCGCCAGGACUGAAAGUGUUGACGAGCUGCUCCAGUGUGCUAGGACACUGUUGGAGGGAGAAUAGGAGGUCACAAGUGACAGCCAGGUCAGGUCCUGCAGCCUCCUGCGCAAGCCGCUCAAAUGUGGCGCUGUUGGCACACACGCCAGUAACGAGGGGCUUCAAAUCGGCCGGUAUCUCGACGUCAUCAAGUGAGCAGGCCGCAAGGGGCGGCCCCCCUUCAGUAGGAGCCGCAAUGACGGCGAGGCUGCUGGCGAUGGCGCUGAUCUGAACAGCCGCGUUUGUGGUCGUUCCCAAUGUGGACACCAAUGCGGCCUGAGAUACGACAACAGCGCAGCACACGUAAAGUGUCGAAGCGUCUUUCCUGGAUCCUCACAUGAAUUGCAGGAAUCGUUGUUUCAUCGAAGUUCUCAGCUCCCCGCAGCCUCAGGAUGCCUUCAAACUUGGCCACCAUCUCCUCAGUACAGCCAAGGUCAGGGGCCGUGAACUGCCCAUCAGUACACGUCACGAAGGCGUACCCGCCGAACCCCUCUUUGGCCACAUAGCCGUCAGCACACGACAGGACGCGCCCUCCUCCGUGUCUGACCAGCCCCUGCUUCCGAAGGGGGUCUUGCUCCUCAGAGCUUGGGACCGUCAGAACGAAGCCGCUUCCAAGCUGCUUGAGCCAUUCGAUGGAGCACGUCCGCUUCAGGUCGCAGGAUGGACAUGAACCUCCACAGUCAACGCCUUGCUCGUCGCCGUUUUGUAUGGCGUCCGUACACUGCGGUUUGCCACAGAGUCCACAUGACUUGGGGCACGUGUCUCGAACUCGGGCAGUCGGGGGCAAGUUGACCGGCGGGGGCUCGUCCGAGAGGUCCUUCAGGAGGGUAUCGCAGCCCUGGGCCCCAAUACGGAUGAAGAGAUCACACGAGUACCCCAAGGCUUCCACCAUCGGGUUGUCCUUGCAGCCUGCCACACAGGAAAACAAGCCAGUGACGGCAGACCCCAUCAGCUCAUCAACCUACACGCCCAUUUGGUACUUACCGGCGUCUCCUGGCGAUGGCGCUGGCUGGUCUGCAGCAGGUGUGCAGGCCUUGCACGUCCGGUUGCACGCAUCGUUGAGUGUCCAAUCAGGGGGCACCCCAGCAGGCAGACGCUGCCCAGACGGCAGCAAGUCCUUCAGCGGUGUGCCACACCCAUUGAUGGCAAACUGUAGCAACAAGUCGCACGGAAAGCCCAGCUGAGUUGUCAACGGGUCAUCCACACACGUCUCUGCCACUGGCGGGGGCGUCGUCUGUGGCGCUAGGGUGAAGCCGGGCGGGACCGUGACCGCUGCCGAGCAGUCCUUGCAUGUCUUCGGGCAUGCAUUUUUGACAAGGAUUUCUUCAGGGAUGGACGACGGCCACUCCAUACCAGGUGCAUUCUCUCUCUGCACAUCAAUAAGUCUGUCGCUGCAGUUUCCGACGAAGACCAGAAUGUCGCAGUUGAUGCCCUCAAACUGGCUGACAAGGGGGCUGUCCUCGCAAUCCAACGAGUCCUCAUACCCUGGCAGAGGAGUGCCGGUCGGGGCAGGGGUGACUGGGAUACAGCCUGUUGGCGUCGGCAGGUUGGCAUACACGAUGGGAGGGAAGAACGUCUCGCCCUCCUCACAGAGGCCGCAGGUGAGCGGACAGGCAUCUGCCACCGUGGUCUCGGGCGGGACAUUCGGUGGGAGGGUCGUGUCACCUACUACUGCUGCAAACUUCUCCAGAAGCUCCCCGAAAGUGAUGGUACAGUCCUGCCCAUUGAGGUUGUACAGGACUGAGCAGCUGAGCGCCAGAUCUCCCCCGACUUCUGCGACAGCAUUGCUGUCCUCACACACGCCCGAGAAGAGCCCCUUGUACUCGUCAGGGAUGUCGUCGAUCGAGAUUUCGGGCAGCGCGCACUCGCCACCCGUAGGCGCCGCCGUUGUCUCCCCUGGCGCGAGAGUGGUGACCUCGACUCCACUGUACGCCGCCGCCUCCUCGAAGGGCACACAUGCCGGCACUUGUGGGAUGCCGUUGACAACCUCGAGAUCGGCGCCCUCGCCAACAAAGUUGCCGUCGCUGAGACAUGUCAGGGUGAUCUGCUCGACGUCGAAAUAGCCCAAGAAUCGCUGCGAGGAGUCUGGGCAUUUGAUGGUGUAGUUCUGGCCCUCAUUGAUGAAGCGGCUAAUGGGGGUGACGCCUCUGCGUGUCGACACAGGGAUCUCGGGCCCCUCACAGUCGCCCUGACAGUCGCCCUCAUCAAAGUUGCAGUCUCCUGCAACAUUGCAUGGCGUCUCACAGUUGAGGUUCCCCAGCUCCCACAACUCACAACCGGACGCGCACUCUGAAGAAUACAAACAAUAGUCGGGUAUGGCCCAUAUGCGAUCUCUUUAUUGUGAGUCCUAACAUGUACCUUCACACAGGCCGCAGGUUCUCCUGCAUGCGUCCUGUAUGCGCGCCUCCGGCGGUACGCUUUCCGGGAAAUCCAGCCCGAAUUGUUUUGCAAGAUCCAUCAGGAAUUCGGCGCACUCGGCCGCAAGGAGCAUCUGCUCGCAUGUAAAGCCGCCAGACAGUGACGCGACGUCGGGAUCGUCUUCACACUGUGUUCCAGCUGAGGAGCGAAAAGUCAGACGUGAGCAGUCGACAAGUCGAGGAGCUCGAGCGUACGGCAUCUGAGUUGGUUGCAGACUUGUCGCUCCUUGAGACUCGAGGGGCAGGGUCGCCCGCCCUCUUCGGGUGGUGUCUGCACACAUGCAUAUGCGAUGCAUAUCCGAUGCAUACACCCACGUGCUACCAAUCGACCUUGCUGUUUCCUCCUCGCCGACCUGAAUUUGUCUCGUUCGGACCUGCUGUCCAUAGCUUCCGCUGGCAAAGCAGGUGGCGGAGCAUUCACUCCAGUCAGACCACGCAGACACGACGCAGUCACGGGGAGGAGCUGAAUGAAUGACAGGACGAAGAAUACAAGUACAGAAGGAGAGUCGUGUGGCAUGCCCGUGACCCACCGCAAGUGUCAGUGUUGCACGCGAGUGUUUCCUCGAAUGGCGGACACGGCAGGCCACCGGCACACGGAGGAGUCUGAGAAAAAAGGAAAACGCUCGCAGAUGAUAGAUCAGUGUCCAGUGUGUGGACUCGAUGUUUUACCGAUACGGUUCUUGUUCUGUUUUUCGAGCCCCCUCCGCAGGCCUUUGUGCACGUUGACCAAGCGCUCCAUUGCGUCAUCACACAUUCAGAGAAAGUACAAUCAGUCGCUGACGUGAUAUGAUCAGAACACAGAAAAGCGUGAGACAGCGAGGGCGGUGGGACAAAUAUUCGAUUCGUGUCUCUCACCGCAGCUUGUGAGUAGGCAUUCUCUUGUGUCUUCGAGAGGGUCGCAAGACGCUCCCUCGAAUUUAGCUUCGCUCACAACGCUUCUUGUCCGCCGUUCAGUGCCCAGGUCACAUGUGUUAGAGCACAGACUCCACUCACCCCACUCGCUAGGAACACAAUCCACAGCUGAGACAUAACAAAAGGAAGCUCUUAAGCGCUGAUGCGUCUGUGUGUUCUUCUCAUGUGUUUCUCCCUUCAAGUGUCUCUCCUCACGGCAAGGAACAUCCUCGUUGCAAUCUUCUCGCUCUUGGAGCAGAGGACAUGCACGGCCAUUGUUCCUCGGAAGCUCCUGACGGACGAAAACAGAGGUAAGCCGAUAGCUCGUCCCUUUAAAUGAUCAUUCGUACGCGUAUGUCUCGCUCUCUGAAUGCGCUGCCGGGUCCGUUGCAGGAGACCGAGCAUUCACUCCACUCGUUCCACUCGCUGACCACACAGUCCUUGUCUGACGAUAAGAAAGAUGACGGACUCGAAGACAGACGGAAUGUUCCUUCUCAAUGUCUGCGUACCGAAACAGUCUCCUCCGUCGAACUGACAGUCCGGAUUGUAGCACUCCUCCUCACACUUGCCGUUGUCGAGGAAAUACAGCGCACAACCGGGCGCGCAUGCUGUAGUGGAAAACAGCCGAAACACCUUGUGUUGUUCGUGGACAGCAUAUCUAUCUUGCUUUUGUCUCACUUCUGCACAGUCCGCAGCUAGCCGGGCAUACGUCUGCCACCCGUGCAUUCUGCGGCACACCCUCGGGCAAGGAAGAGGGCGCAACCUCCACGCCAGGAAGCUCAACAUCAAUAUUCAAGAGGUCCCUCAACAGCUCAGAGCACCCCAGCGGUCCAAGAUUGGUGGCAAGAACUGCACAACUCUGGCCCAGCUCCUGCACCUCGGGCAUAUCCUUGCAUGCUAUUUCUCCGCCAGUGGAACCGCCCGUGCCGCCACCGGUCGUGUCCUUGGGUUCCUGUUGAGCAAUCAGGUUAGGAUCUGAGAAGACGGGAGGAAAGCCAGGAACAGGCGGCGCAGGGGGCGCAGGGGGCGCAGGAGGAGCAGGAGGGACCGGGAAGAGGCCGCCGAAGGGAUCACCUCCUCCGAAAAGGCCCUGGGCGCUCGAGAGAGCCACAAGGGACAGGAAAAUUGCCGCAAGCUGAACAAGACGAGUAGCAAACCUUCCCUCGUGCAUCCUUGAUGCGAGAUGGGCGGAAUGUCGG